CCGACAACCUCCUCAACUUUCAAACCACAAAAACGUCACCACAUCCCAGCCUGUAUUUGCGUAUGCUUGUCUUUCCCUUUUACACACACACACACACACACACACACAUAUAUAUAUAUAUAUAUAUAAAUUUUGCUUUCUUUUCCCAGUGUUUGUCUUGUCUCUGGUCUCUGGUUGUUGAGCUAUCUAUCCUUUCUCAGAACCGCUUACCAAAUUUAAUCAAGAUAUGUUCCAAGUUACUAGCUUUCUUGUUUCAUCAUCUUUAAAAACCCCUGUUCUCUUCUUCAUCCCCAACAAACUGUUUGAUUUUUCUUCAAUUGUUUUCCUCUGGUGAGGUUAACCAUUAUCUCAGCUUCUCAUUCACUCUUUGGAAACAAUCCCCUUUAAUUCCUUCUCGUUUAAGAACCCGAAAACAACACGGGAAUUUCGAGACUAGAGAGAGAGAGAGAGAGAGAGAGAUGGGUAGUAUAGAGAUGGAUAAAGAGCGAUUAACGGCGGAGAUGGCUUUCAAGGACUCAUCCUCCGCCGUCAUCAAAAUCCGGCAACGGUUGCCAGACUUUCUACAGUCCGUCAAGCUCAAGUACGUCAAGCUUGGCUAUGGCUACUCAAGCAAUUUCGGCACCCUCUUGUUUUAUCUGGUCAUCUUGCCUUUGUUCAUAGCUCUCCUGGUUCAGCUUUCCGGCCUAAAGCUCGAUCCCCUUCUGGUUUCCGACAUAUGGACGAGUCGUCAAGCCAAUUCUCUCGACUCGGCCAACGGCCUUAUUGCUUCAAUCCUCGCCGUCUUUGCCUUAGGCCUUUACUGGGCUAAGCGUUCCCGGCCGGUCUACCUGGUCGACUUCUCUUGCUACAAACCGGACGAAGAACGGAAAAUGUCGGUCGAAUCGUUCCUGAAAAUGACCGAAGAGAGCAGCGGCUUCGGAGAAGAAAGCCUCCAGUUCCAGCGGCGGAUUUCGACCCGGUCCGGCCUCGGCGACGAGACUUACAUCCCCAACGGAAUCACGUCCAGACCGCCGAACUUGUGCCUAAAAGAGGCCCGGUUGGAGGCAGAGGCCGUUAUGUUCGGCGCGCUCGACUCGCUCUUUGGAAAGACCGGGGUGAACCCUAAAGAAAUCGGAAUCCUCAUCGUCAACUGUAGCUUGUUCUGCCCGACCCCGUCUCUGGCCUCCAUGAUUGUCAAUCAUUACAAGCUCCGGCCCGACAUUAAGAGCUUCAAUCUGAGCGGAAUGGGCUGCAGCGCCGGCCUCAUCUCCAUCGACCUCGCCAAAGAUCUCCUCCAAGCGAACCCGAACUCUUACGCCGUCGUCGUAAGCACCGAGAACAUCACGCUGAAUUGGUAUUUCGGGAACGACCGGUCGAUGCUUCUCUGCAACUGUAUCUUCCGGAUGGGCGGCGCCGCCAUGCUGCUCUCGAACAAGACCGGCGACAGGUCCCGGGCGAAGUAUGAGCUUGUCCACACCGUCCGGACCCAUAAAGGCUCCGACGACAACAGCUACAAGUGCGUGUACCAGAGAGAGGACGACAAAGGGAAAGUCGGAGUUUCGCUUGCUCGGGAACUCAUGGCGGUCGCCGGAGACGCCUUGAAGACGAACAUAACGACGCUGGGGCCUCUGGUUCUGCCGUUCUCCGAGCAGUUGAUAUUUUUCUUGACGCUAGUAAAGAAGAAGGUGUUGAAGAAGACGAAGGUGAAGCCGUAUAUACCCGACUUCAAGCUGGCAUUCGAGCAUUUUUGUAUCCACGCCGGGGGCCGAGCCGUGCUGGACGAGCUGCAGAAGAAUCUGGAGCUGAGCGAGUGGCAUAUGGAGCCGUCGAGGAUGACGCUGCACCGCUUUGGGAACACGUCGAGCAGCUCGCUGUGGUACGAGCUGGCUUACACGGAGGCUAAGGGGCGGGUCGGGCUAGGUGACCGGGUCUGGCAGAUAGCCUUCGGGUCGGGGUUCAAGUGCAACAGCGCCGUUUGGAGGGCGUUGAGGCCCAUCCCGGCGGGUGGGUCGAAAGGAAACCCGUGGAUCGACUCCAUUGAUAGGUACCCGGUCAAGGUUGCACUGGCUAAUUAAUUAAUUAACUAAUUAGCGGAAAACAAACAGAAAAGAAAUUGGAAACGGGUAUUAUUGUCUUGGCCUAAUGAGAUUUUGGACGGGAGAUGGUAACCAGCUGUCCGUUUACACUCCCCCAAAAGUCUUUUCUACGUAUAUUACACUUAUUUUUACCAUUAAUUGAGCAAAAGAAAUUCGUCUAUGCUCUUUAAUAUAAUAUAUGGUCAUCUUGGUUUUCUUUUC